AUGGGGUCAGUCGUUGAUAAUAACGAAGCUAUGCGUUGUGAAUACAUCUCAACAAUCUUGCAUAUAGCGAUCAGUUUCUUCGAAGGCUUAAGCAUCUCUCCUCAAAUGAAUGUCUCUGGUAGUGAAAGCUCUGAUCGUGUCGACUACGCAAUCAAAAAAAUAAUCGACGAUGUUUUGGAAAAAAUAAUUGAAGGCAAACAAAAUCUACUAGGAAUCGGGGUAGCGCAAAAUAUCAUGCAAUGUAAAAAGUUCGUGCGAUAUAUGAUGAAGAAAAAACGGAAAUCUGAAUACGUGUAUGGUAUCGUACCGGCUGGUACUUCUUCCUAUAUUCAACCGAAGGUGUCUACGCCACAACUAAAACCGAAUACCACGUCUUACUCACCGAAGAAGCUAUCAAGAAUCCGAGUGGUGAAGAGGGUUUUAGAGGUAAUAGUAGGCUUGUUGAAGGAUAGGGAGCGAUGA